AUGAUUUGCAAUAUUGAUAACAGGGUUUGAUUGAAACUUAAUGUAAUCCCUGGAAUAGUUUCAUGUAAGAAUAUAAUCAUACUACUACCUCUUGUCAUUUUCAGAAAUAAGGCCUAAACAAUGGGUAAAGGGAAGAAGAAAGGAGGCAAAGGGAAAGAUGAAGAGCCAGAGGUCCCCUCUAUGAGUUCUUUGUCUCUUAGUGAUGCACCUUCUACAUCACAGUCUGGGGCUCAGGCGGAAGAGGAGGCUACUGGUUUGACGUCUGCUGCUGCGAAGAGAAAGGCAAAGAAGGCUGCUAAAGCAGCGCCCCUGGAGGGGUCAAAACCUCGCUCUGCGCCUGUGACAUCAGAGCCAGAGCCCGAGGCGCCUAAGCCAGCUCCAGAACCAGUCAAACCAGUUGAGGAAGAGAAGGCGAAGAGUGAGGAGAAGGAAGAGGAAACUGGAGGACUGGGGUUGGGCAUGGAAGGAAAGAGCAAAAAAAAACCUAGAAAGAAGAAACCAUCAUUAGCCUCACAAGAGGCAGCUGCACCAGGGGCAGAAGUUGCCGCUGGUACUCCUGCGCCAGCUGGGCAAGCUGCUGCUGCAGCACCUGCAUUGCCAAAACAAGCUGCUGCAUUUGGUGCUGCACCACAAGGGCAAGCUGCUGCAUUUGGACCUGCGCCACCAGGGCAAGCUGCUGCUGGUGUAGCAAGUCAGCCAUGGGCCCCAGCACAAGCACAGGCUCAAGCACAAUGGGCUGGGCGCGGUAUGGGCCGCGGGAUGCCUUCUGGUCCACCUGGAGGUUUACCACAAGCUGGACCGCCAGCCGGCUGGCCUGGCGCGCCGGGCGCCCCACCGGGCUACGCUCGCCAACCAGGGCCUCCGGGGCUGCCAGGGCUGGCGCAGCCCGGGCCACCGGGAUAUGUGCAACAACCGGGCCCACCAGGAUAUGUGCAACAACCGGGCCCACCAGGAUAUGUGCAACAACCGGGCCCACCAGGAUAUGUACAACAACCGGGGCCACCAGGGUAUGGUCAGGCCAGACCACCACCGCAGCAGCAGGUGCCGCCUCAGCAACCGCAGUCGGCGCGCCAGACGACGCCCCCUGCGGCGCCUGGCCCACAAGGAGAUAGGUCCGGUUCGGCCUCUAAAACCGUGUGCCGAUACAAAAUACCUUUGAGGAUCGAAGGAAACUCCGUUCCCUGUAGACCUAUUAAGGUGUUGACCAAUUACUUGGAAAUGAAGAUUUCGCCACUUAAAAUACAUCGCUACGACGUUACGUACAAACCGGACAAGCCCAAGAAAAUGAUUUCUCCCGUAUUUCAAACGAUAAAGAAAAAAUAUUUCCCCAGGGAACUAAUUGCAUUUGAUCAGAUGAAAAAUUGCUACUGCCUAAAGCCCUUGCCGAAUGUAUCCGACACGGACCGUUACGCUAUAACGGAUGAAUAUAUCGAUGGAAACGGCAAGAAGAUGGCGGUGGAAGUUUCUUUCAAAUUUACUGGAAUUGUGGAUCUCAGUACUAUAAUUACGUACAUGAAGAGCGGAGGCAGCUCAUUGAACCCGCCUACUGAAGCCAUUCAGUGCAUUGACGUAAUCUUACGACAGGGCACAUUGGAGUCUUACAUAAAGGCGGGUCGGCAGUUCUUCAAGCGACCGGAGCGUCCGAUCGACCUCGGGGACGGCCUGGAGAUGUGGACGGGAAUGUUCCAAUCUGCGAUCUUCACCACGCGCCCCUUCAUCAAUGUCGAUGUCGCUCACAAGGGAUUCCCUCGAGCGCAGCCUCUCGUGCAAGCUCUGACCAACGACUUCAGGCUGAACACCAACGAAAAAGUGGAAAACCAGCGAAACAGAGCCGUGGAAUCCUUCCAGGCCUUCGUAAAAGGACUCAAGGUGGUCGCGUACAUCGGCGGGGACACGUCGGCCGGCGGGCAGAAGCGCGAGUUCAUCGCCAACGGGCUGUCGGACUCGCCCAACAGGCUCACCUUCCCCAUGGACAUCGGCGGCGGCAAGACUAAGAACGUCACCGUCGCCGAUUACUUCGCCAAGGAGAAGGGAUACAGGUUGCGCUUUCCCAAUUUAAACUGCGUGUGGGUUGGCCCAAGGGAUAAAAACAUAAACUACCCCAUGGAGCUCUUGGAAGUUGCGUACGGACAGGCCCGCAACAGACAGCUGAACGAGAUCCAGCUGUCGACGAUGGUGCGGCAGGCCGCCACGCCCCCUGACGAGCGCAAGCGCAAGAUCGAGGAGGUCAUCAAAGAUAUGGACUAUUCGCGCAACAAGGAUUUCAAACAGUUUGGUUUGGAGAUUUCCGAUAAGUUUUUCCCCGUUGACGCGAAAGUCCUGGCUCCACCCAGGCUGGAGACGGGCAGUGGCAGCGUCGAGCCUAGGAAUGGUUCGUGGCAAGCUAACAGGCUGCUGAAGCCCGAGGCUCUGCAAAACUGGGGCUUCAUAAUGAUCGAGCCUGACCAAAGGACCCAGUUAGACCACGCCAAUAUCAUCUCCUUGAUGAUGAAUUGCGGCCGUCAGAUGGGCAUGACCGUGUCGGAACCGUCGGUCAAGCUCUUCAAUUUGAGAAUGCAAGAGCUGCGCAAUACGUUACUGAAGUGCUUGGAACAGCAAGUCAGGUUCCUGUUCAUCAUUGUGCCCACCAGAGGGCGCGACUACUACCAUAUCGUGAAGCAAAUGGCGGAGCGCGACGUUGGCAUCCUGACCCAGUGCAUAAAGGAACAGACGGCCUCCAAACGUAUGAAUCCGCAGACCGCGCGCAAUAUCCUGCUAAAGGUUAAUUCCAAGUUGAUGGGUAUAAACCAAGCCCUCGACAACAGGAGCCUGCCCAACUGCCUCAGAGACGGCAGGGUGAUGGUGGUGGGCGCUGACGUCACACAUCCGUCUCCGGAUCAGACUUCGGUGCCAAGCAUUGCUGCGGUUACAGCGUCCAUCGAUCCAAAGUGUUUCAUGUAUAAUAUCGGAUUGAGUAUUCAAACUCCUAAGAAAGAAAUGAUUAUCGAGUUUGAGGAUAUGAUGGUCGAACAUCUGACUAUUUACAAGCAACGCAACGGAUUUUUGCCGACAAAAAUAUACGUAUUCCGUGACGGCGUGUCCGAGGGACAAUUUGCCCAGGUGAUGAAUAGCGAGCUGCUGGCCGUACACAAGGCGUACCAGCGAAUGGCCGGCCCCGCGGCCAAGCCCGAGGUGUUGUUCCUGCUGGUGCAGAAGCGGCACCACACCAGAUUGUUUUCGGGUGAAAAUAAUCCGAGAAAUGUGGAGCCUGGAACCGUGGUGGAUAAACACAUUGUCCAUGCCACUGAACUGGACUUUUACUUGGUGUCACACCAAGCCAUCAAGGGCACCGCCCGGCCCACGCGCUACCACGCCGUGUGCAACGACGGCAACUUGAGGCACGACGAGGUGGAGCAGCUCACGUACUACCUGUGCCACCUGUACUCGCGCUGCAUGCGCUCCGUGUCCUACCCCACGCCCACCUACUACGCGCACCUCGCCUGCCUGCGAGCCCGCUCGCUCACCCACAACGAGAAGUUCGACAACGCUCGGCUGGAGCGCGAGCCGCGCCGGCUGCGUGUGCUCGACAAGAUGCUGGCCUACAGUCGCAUGUUCUUUGUUUAGACCGAAUCAGGUCGCACUUGUCUACACUGCGGCGCAUGCCACGC